AUGGCCUCGCACCGCUUCGAUCCCAAAUUCACAGACAAUGUUGUCAAUGCCAUGGGCGAGAAUGUCAACCCGCGGUUUCGACAACUUAUGGCCUCGCUGAUCCGGCACGUACACGAUUUCGCCCGCGAGAACGAACUCACCGUCGACGAGUGGAUGGCCGGAGUACAACUCAUGAACUGGGCCGGCCAGAUGAGCAACGCAAAGCGGAACGAGGGGCAGUUGGUUUGUGAUGUAAUUGGGCUUGAGUCCCUCGUCGAUGAGAUAACCUUCAAACUAGCCGACGAAGCCACCGACGCACCCACAGCAACCGCAAUUUUAGGGCCAUUCUUUCGUGCCGACACCCCCUUCCGCUCAAACGGCGAGAGCAUCGUCAAGACAGCACCGAAGGACGGUAAGGGCGAGAUGGCCUACAUGGCAGGCCAAGUGUUGGACUUUGUCACCAAGAAGCCGCUUGUUGGCGCGGUGGUGGAGGUGUGGCAGGCUUCUACGAAUGGACUGUAUGAGCAGCAGGAUCCCGAUCAGGAGGAAUUUAACCUGCGUGGGAAAUUCAGGACGGAUGAAAAUGGGCGAUACUCGUUCUAUUGUUUGCGGCCAACGCCGUAUCCCGUACCGGAUGAUGGGCCCGCAGGAAAGCUGUUGAAGUUGAUGGAUAGGCAUCCGUUCCGGCCGGCUCAUAUUCAUAUCAUUGCAACACACGACGGGUACAAGCCUCUCACGACGCAGAUUUUCGAUCGAAAGGACCCCUACCUGACGAAUGACUCGGUGUUUGCCGUAAAGGACUCGUUGAUUGUCGAUUUUGUUGAGCGCAAAGGUGACCCUCAAGCUGGGCUUGAGCUGAAAUAUGAUGUCAAAUUAGUUCCCGAUGGGAUGAAGUCUAACGGCGCUUGAACUGGGUUGUGUUUACUUUGUAUAUAAUUUUGGUCUACUAUUGUCUGUGAUACCUGAAAUUGAGUCAUUGCACGGC